ACUCUGGACUUUGUACCCGUCACGGGAAAUUCACUAGCUUAUCAGGGCCGUCAGCCUGGGCAGUUGCCUGCUGAGGUGUCUGCUCGCCCGUUCUAGGGCCCGCAGGACCCCUCUCUGGAUCCCAGCUGCACCAACACCCCUCCCCUCCCCCCACUUUCUGCACCCGGCGCCGGGGGUGCGGGUGGGGCGUGCGCCAGAAGGUUCACUGCAAAAGCUUGGGGUGAAGUGUAAUUAGUCGUCCUGAUUGGAGGCGUUGCCUGCAGCCCAGCCCUCCGCCCUCCCUGCGGAUUCAGCCCCGCCUGCCGGCUGCGUCCCCAGGUGCUUUCCUAGCCUGGAUCCUCCUCCCCAGGUACUCCUCUGAUUGAGGUGGUCCACCUGCAAUAAUCUCCAGUCCCAGCUGUUCCUCUGACAGGUACUUCCCCAAGUACUCCUCAGAUUCGGGUGUUGCUCCUCCAGACAUUCCUCUGACUCAGCUGCUCCUCCUACAGGACUCUGUGCUCCAGGGCUGCCUGGCAUCUGGGGGGUCUCCUUGGAGCUACGGCUCUUCUGGCAGAGGCUGAGGCUCACCGGUGUCUCCAGGCCCCUUCAUGAGUGAGGCAAACCAAACCACUGUGGGGCCCUCAGAGCUCUCCAUGGCAUCAGCCAUCUCCCCUGGGCUGGGCACCGGGGCCCGGGCAUGGCCUGUGCUGGUGGGCGUCGUGCUGGGGGCUGUGGUCCUCUCUCUCCUCAUCGCGCUUGCUGCCAAGUGCCACCUCUGCCGCAAAUACCGUGCCAGCUACCAGCACCGCCCGCUGCCCGGGACCGGGAAGGGUGUCUGUCCGGAGGUGGGGGAAGAAGAUGACGAUGGCUUCAUCGAGGACAAUUACAUUCAGCCUGGGGCCGGCGGGCUGGGGACAGAGGGCGGCAGGGACCACUUUUCCUUCUGAGCCCCCAUCUGUGGUCACCCCCCACCCAUACCUGACAGCUGAAGGAUAGUGGAUACUACAAGGGGACCGCGAGCCUCAGGGACGGAGGUGUCUAGGGCGUAAGGGCUCACCAGGGGUAGAGCAGUCCUCCCUUCCCGGACACUGCUGCUGCUCGAGUGACAAACUUUCUCUUGCUCAAUCACCCUCGAUGACUCCCUGCUGUUCUCAGGACAGCUACCAAGGGCCGGGCUAGGGAAAUAAGGCCUCUGUCCGCCUCUUGGUUCCCUUUCUUGCCUUUCCCGACACCACUCCCUACUAAAGUAAUUAUUUGUUUUUCCUUCUCUCCUACAUGGUGUUUCUCCAUGCACUUUUUGGUCACACUCUCUCCCCGGCCUAUGCUGCCCUUCUGUUCUUGUCAAUCCUCUGUGACUGUGAUGAAAGUCCCUGGUCCAUCGACUCCCUGUCGCCCGUCUACCUGCCAGCAUUUCAAAUGAGCCCGAUGAGAACAUUUUAGCAGGUGCCAAGCAGUGUGCCAACUUUCUUGUUGAAAAUUUUCCCUAUCAAUAAAGUGAGUCAUCUAAACGGUUACAGUA